AUGACAGGGCAGGGGGCUGUAAAUAGAUCCUUGUCCGCCCACCGCUUGUCUGUGAGGAGUGCCCUGGAAGACGACUUGGAUGGAGCAGACAGCACAAUCAGCCGGUCUCAGUCGGUAUGUGAUGACACCUCAUCUGAACUCGAGAGGGUUGCAGACUUGGACCCUCAAGCACCAUCCAGAAACUCCUUCAGAGGGCGAGGUGCCCUGUCACGGCUGGUUAAUUUGGUGGUCACUCUGAGAGACUGGGCUCAUCGGAGUUUGGUAGAAGAGGAAGAGCGACCAGAUUCCUUCCUGGAGCGUUUCAGGGGGCCUGAGCUCCGGCCGCCACCCAGCCGCAUCAGCAACACUCAGACCGACGCCAACGGCAACAUGGACAAGGCCAUCAAGAAGAAGAGGGAAACGUUUGUGAUAUCACCAUCUGAUGACAUCUACUACCGCUGGCUGUUUGUCAUUGCCUUUGCUGUGCUCUAUAACUGGGUCUUAUUGGUGGCCAGGGCAUGUUUUGACCAGCUGCAGACCCAUAACCUUAUUAUGUGGCUUGUUUUGGACUACUUUUGUGACUCCAUCUAUAUCCUGGACACCAUUGUACGCUUACGCACAGGUUUCCUGGAGCAGGGCCUGCUGGUGAGAGAUCUGAUCAGAUUGAGGGACGCCUACAUCCACACCCUUCAGUUCAAAAUGGACGUACUGUCCAUGUUGCCCACUGACCUGGCCUACAUCAGCACAGGAGUCCACACUCCUCAACUGCGCUUCAACCGCCUGGUCCGCUUCCCACGCAUGUUUGAGUUCUUCGACCGCACCGAGACGCGCACCAACUACCCCAACAUCUUCCGCAUCUGCAACCUAGUGCUCUACAUCCUUAUCAUCAUCCACUGGAAUGCCUGCAUUUAUUAUGCCAUCUCGAAAUCCCUGGGUUUUGGCUCGGACCAGUGGGUUUACCCGAACAUCACAAACCCAGAGUAUGGGUCUCUGACGCGUAGCUACGUCUACUGCUUAUACUGGUCAACCCUCACACUCACCACCAUCGGGGAGAUGCCUGCACCCGUCCGCGAUGAGGAGUACGUGUUUGUGGUGUUUGACUUCCUGGUGGGUGUGCUGAUCUUUGCCACCAUUGUGGGAAACGUGGGCUCCAUGAUCUCGAACAUGAACGCCACGCGAGCUGAAUUCCAGGCUCGUAUAGACGCCAUCAAGCACUACAUGCAUUUCCGCAAAGUCAGCCGGGAGCUGGAGACACGAGUCAUUAAGUGGUUUGACUAUCUCUGGACCAAUCAGAAAGCUGUCGACGAGCAGGAAGUGCUGAAGAACCUUCCGGACAAGCUGCGGGCAGAGAUUGCCAUCAACGUACACCUGGACACACUGAAGAAGGUGCGCAUCUUCCAGGACUGUGAAGCUGGACUGUUAGUGGAGCUGGUUCUGAAGCUUCGUCCUCAGGUGUACAGCCCAGGAGAUUACAUAUGCCGCAAAGGGGACAUUGGUAAAGAAAUGUACAUCAUCAAGGAGGGCAAACUUGCUGUCGUGGCAGAUGACGGAGUGACUCAGUACGCUCUCCUGAUUGCUGGUGGAUGCUUUGGAGAGAUCAGCAUCCUCAACAUUCAAGGAAGCAAAAUGGGCAACAGGCGAACUGCCAACAUCCGCAGCAUCGGCUACUCUGACCUGUUCUGUCUGUCAAAAGACGACCUGAUGGAGGCUGUGAUGGAGUAUCCUGAUGCAAAGAAAGUUCUGGAGGAACGAGGCAGGGAGAUCCUGAUGAAGGAAGGGCUUCUUGACGAAGGCCUAGCCGCUGGAGCUCUGACCGUCAUGGAUACUGACGAGAAGGUGGAGAAGCUGGAGUCAUCUCUGGACGUUCUGCAGACGCGUUUCGCCCGCUUGCUCGGAGAGUUCUCGUUCACACAGCAACACCUCAAACAGCGGAUCACCACUCUGGAGCGCCAACUCUGUCACACGGGCCUCGGAUGUGUGUCGGACCACGAGGCCGACGUGGACAUGGACGCAAACACAAAUGCAGGUGUUGAUGCACAAUCACACUCAGAGACUCAUGAACAAGCAAACACAUUGACAGAAUCACACAUGGACCCAAAUGAGGUCCACAGGCCAAUAACAGAUAAACCUGCUGAGAACAGCACCCAGCCUAAAGACAGACACAACCUGAGUUGA